UUGUGUGUGGCUGUGUGGGUGCCUCUGUGCGUGCCCGUACGGGUAUGAGAUUGCGGGGUGAGAGUUACAACAGCCGUGCCCUGCUGCUGCUGCCUGCAAGGUCCUGCAAGGUCAUGCCCGUCUGCUGCCCGGUCAUGCCUCUCGCGUGCGAAACCGCGGACAUCGCGGUCCACGGCGCCGCGGAGCGGCCGUCUGUGGCCUACAGCACGGCCGGCGGAGGCCGCAAGGGGCCGGGGGCGGCAGGAGGCCCAGGGAGGCCAUCGGAGGUGGCGCCCGGGCAGGCGAGGCCCGGCAGGGAGAGCUGGGCGAGAAAAAUGGACUUCCUGAUGUCAGGCGUGGCCUACGGCGUGGGCCUGGGUAACGUAUGGCGGUUCCCCUACCUCUGCUACAAGAACGGUGGAGGGGCGUUCCUCGUGCCGUACGGGCUCACGGUGGUGUGCGUGGGCAUCCCUCUCUUCUUCCUCGAGGUGGCCCUGGGGCAGCUCACGCAGCAGGGCACCAUCGGCGUGUGGAAGAUCGUGCCGCUCUUCACCGGCGUCGGUGUGGCGUCGAUGGUGGUCGUCUUCCUCAGCGACCUCUACUACAUCGUGGUCCUGGCCUGGUCCCUCUACUACCUCCUGCACAGCCUGACCACGGCCCAGCUGCCCUGGACCCACUGCCAGGGUUGGUGGGCCACGGCUGCCUGCUCCGACACGUACGCGUCGUGCCCGUCCAACGCGAGCGGCCUCCGCAACGUCUCGCUGUCCCGAGGCCUGGGCACCUCGCGUGCGGCCAGCAACGCCAGCGAGGGGGCUUCGGCGUGCCAGGACACGACCUCGCCCGCCGUGGAAUUCUGGGAGCGGAACGUGCUGCGCGUGUCGUCAGGCAUGCACGACCUGGGCUCCGUGAACUGGGAGAUGCUGCUGUGCCUCUUGGCCGUCUGGCUCCUGGUCUACUUCUCCGUGUGGAAGGGGAUCAAGUUCUCCGGCAAGGUGGUGUACGUGACGGGCUCCGUGCCGUACGUGCUGCUGCUGGUGCUGCUCGUGCAAGGAGUCAUGCUGCCCGGCGCUCUCGACGGCAUCACCUACUAUCUCCAACCCGAUUGGGCCAAGCUCGCCACGCCACAGGUGUGGGUGGAGGCGAGCACGCAGGUGUUCUACUGCUAUGGCGUGGGCUUCGGGGUUCUGCCCGCGCUGGGCAGCUACAACAAGUUCCACAACAACUGCUACCGGGACAGCAUUAUUCUGACGAUCAUCAACAGCGCCACGAGCUUCUUCUCCGGCUUUGUCGUAUUCUCCUUCCUGGGCUUCAUGGCGCAGGAGCAGGGCGUGGACAUCAGCCAUGUCGCCGAGACCGGCCCCGGGCUGGUGUUUGUGGUUUACCCACGUGCUAUCUCCCUGCUGCCGGUGCCUGCUCUCUGGGCCACCCUGCUCUUCAUCAUGCUCCUGCUGCUUGGCGUGGACAGCGAGUUUGCGGGGAUGGAGGGGUUUGUGACGGGGCUCACGGACUUGUUCCCAUCCCAGCUGAGUGGCAAGAGGCGCCGCGAGGCCUUCACGGGUCUGUGCUGCCUCGUCAGCUUCCUCCUCUCCGUCACCAUGGUGACUCAGGGUGGCAUUUAUGUGUUCCAGCUGUUUGACAGCUAUGCAGCCAGUGGCAUCUCUAUGCUGUGGCUCAUGGGCUGGGAGUGCAUCGCUGUGGCCUGGGUUUACGGAGCCAAUCGGUUCAUGCAGGACCUGACGGCGAUGCUCGGGUUCCGUCCGCACGCAUGGGUGUGGUGGUGCUGGAGCGUGGUCAGCCCUGCCGUGUGCUUGGGGAUCUUCGUGUUCCAUCUGGUGCACUACGAGCGGCUCGUGUACAACGGCCGCUACGAGUACCCCGGCUGGGCCGAGGCCCUGGGUUGGCUGCUCGCGCUCUCCUCCAUGCUGUGCAUCCCGGCCGUGGCACUCUACAAGCUCGCCGCCGCCAAGGGCAGCCUCGCACAGCGCUGGCGUCACCUGACGUCGCCCGUCUCACUCGAGCUACCGCUUCACUUCCAUCAGCCGCUCCCGUCGGAGCUCCCUCUGCUGCCCGCGGCUAAAUAAGGCCCUGAGCUCCACGCUUGGGUCGCACUCUGCUUUAGGCUGUUCACGGUGAGCAGCCACCAGCAUGAGCAAUGUCACCGACAGGCCGCCUCGCUGCGUUAACCUGAACCCAUUAUUAUCACUAUUGUUACGCUCGUUUACCCAGAACGUUUCACCGAGUCCCGUGAAUAAUUUUCAGGAGGGCUCCGCUAAGUUUUCGCAGGCGAUGAUUGCUCUGUGUAUAUUCAGUGGACCAUGAUGCUGGAACACGAUGGCCUGCUCUUGCGAAUUACAUCACGGGGCCUUUAACAUCCGCUGUCAGUGAAGCAGGUGGCGCGUGGUAGUAUAAUCACAGUUAUUACACCGCAGCAAUAACCAGGGCGACCAAUGGAUUUGAACCGCGAACCUCUGUGGCGAGCGGGGAGUGCGCUGACUCCGGGCCACGUACCGAGCAGCCGCCCCACACGUUUUGGCACCUCUUGAUGCCAGCAGCGUGCAUUGGUGCCACGUCCUUUUAGCUGCGUCUCUCCAUGUCGCUCGGUAUUUUUGCUGCAUUUCCCGUGCCUCUGAUUGCACGCAUGUCUCUCUUCUCCAAAUUGCACAUUGUUAUCGCGGUCACGAAUUAAACUAUUUUGAUGUUUGUACAAAAAAGAGCUCAACUGAUGAUUCACUCUGAAAACACACGAAGCAAUUAUUGUAGCAGAAACACGACCACGUUGCUGAAAUGUUUCAACCCUGUUGGUCUUUACUAUGCAAAACUGGUGAAAGUUAGCUUCACGCUUUCUGCAGAAGCGGCGCAGUUAGAGCGACAUGGCAGUUAAAGUGGUGCGCACUAUUAGAGCGGCACGGUGGAAACCUCGAAGGGCAGUGGAGCGACUGUGAUGCCAUUCUGGGGGGCCAGGUUGAGGCUGUCAGGCCCACGCGGGGCCACGAAUGAAAACUUCUGGAGCAGAGCAACGAGGAAGAGAAAGAGCUCGGCCUUGGCGAGCUGCUCCCCCAGACACACGCGGCGGCCUGGGCAUGCGACAGGUGCACACACAAAGACACCAAACACCACCACCACCAUCGGCGUAACGCCCCACUCGCAGGCCGGUGCCGACUCGCCUACUACUGCUCAGGGAUAGCUGCCACUGGGCGUGCCCUCGGAAUGUUUGCGGAAAGAUGUGAAACGUUCUGAGAUGCAAGCGCCGCUAUGAAUGUUAGAAGAUAACGACGAGUGUCGUCUCGGUCCGUCGCCCCUCUACAUUGGCGAACACUGGGCGAGACCGAGAUAGUAAGGGGUCAGGUUUCACUCGGCUCGGGCCUUGCUGGAGGACACGAGCUCCACUCGGCACUCGUGUGAGAUAGGGGGGCGCUGUCGUGUUUUACGCGGUCCCUCCCCGUAUAAUCCCGGGACAAGAAACCACGAAUGCGUCCCACGGCUGGGCUGACGUGUCAGAAACGUGGGACACUGAGGAAGGAAAAUGGAAUGGAAAAGUGCGCAACGUAGCAAGGAGGGUGCUUUGCUUUGAAUUACAUACAGACGGGAACUGGAACCUGUGGAUUGGAGAACACGCGCACAUUAGAGGGAUCGCAUUGUCUAUUCGACAAGCGUUAGUGGGCUAGGGCAGGAUGCAUCGCUAGGAGGAUGGACGAUGGUCAACAGUAAUAACAGAGUGGCAACCAAGUAAUGGAAUCCCUCGAUAGGAAUGGUGCAGACAUUUUUUGUAAGGGGGAGCAACGGUUAUGCAAUGGUUCGUGCACUGCUGUGAACCUGGCAAACUGAGUUAAAAUCCCAGCCACAGCUAUGACGUCAGCAAUGAGUGAUGUCUGAACCGGUCCUCUCCUCCCAACUCCAGCCCGCACUGACCAGUGUGGUGAAGUAUGGUCAAACAACCCCCGUGUUCAGCAUCCAGCAGUGGAUUGACAAAGGGGCUGUAAAGUGGCGAUCAUUGUCGUAAUCGUUAUCCAAUCACUCGUCACAACGUACCUGCUGAGAAUGGCAGGAAUGCGUCUCGCUUGCGGAACUUCCCGUCUCGGUCGAGGAAGUGCGAGGGGUUAAACUCCUCCGGGGUCUCCCACUGUGAGGGAUCCUUGAGCACCGAGUCCAGCACGGCAAACACAAUGGUGCCCUGUGGCAUGGAGACGACAGUACGCAGACGGCAAGGAGACGGCACGGAGACGGCAUGGACCCGGCAGGGAGACGGUAGGGAGACAGCACAACUGUUUCAUCUGUACGGAACAGUGUUGCCCCCUCCGAAAAUGUAGGGUUUUUUCCCGGAAAUUCUGGUUUCUUCCCACAUGUAAACACUCAUUAAUUGUGAUAACACCUUAAAAUAUAGAGGACUGCAGAGCUUGGAGAAAUUUUCCACAGGCUUAGGACAUAGCUGCCGCAGCCUUCCCACUCUCCUGUGGUUCCUCCUCAGCCCUCUACGAGAGCGAACACCGAGCGGCGGUGCAAGGUGACGUAAUUAUUGUUACGAUCGCUGGCGCCGUGGAUCCCUCAACAGAGCGGGCA